AUGACGUCUGCGCCUACCCGACGGAAGCAUCUGAAGAGCCGCAGCGGCUGUACCCAAUGCAAGAAGCGUAGAAUAAAAAGCCGGCAUGUCUGCUCCUUCUCUCUUCCUCCAGUUGUUGGUUCAAACUUCUCCACGAUAUCCCGUCUGGACCUUGAAUUACUCCACAAAUACACCACCAAAACUCCUCUCAUGAAAGAAAUAAAGGACCACUCUGCAGAUGACGGGACACCUCCAUUGGAGAGCGAGAUUGUCUACCUUCGACUUCGUAAUCUAUCAAAAGCUAUCGGGGAGCACUGUUCUGAUGAGAGAAUCGCUCAAAUCUGCCAAUCCUCGAUUGAGACGCUCUGCUGCAUCGUGGCUGAAUUGAAACAAUCAAGUGACCAUGUCCUUGCAUUCGUUUGGCCCAUCAGAGUUGAUCUAGACUAUCUUAUCAUUCUCGAAGAGAAGAGACCAGAGGCAUUAUUGGUAUUCGCUUACUACUGUGCUCUGCUCUACAUGUCGAGCUCCAGAUGGUGGACUAAGGAAUGGCCACCACCAAUCGUCGAAUCCGUCAGAGACACGAUUGAUGAGGGGUGGGCCCCAUGGCUCCAAUGGCCCCUGCAGAUGAUUUUUUCCGAUACCGGUGAACAGGUUGAGACUAGCGAAGGGCUACAAAAUUUGGCACAUUCGCUUUGA